UGUUUGAAAUUAAUUUUUAAUUAUUCGAAAAAAAUUGAGAGAUUAGAAAACAGAGCCUUUCGGCUUUGACGGAGCAAUAGCAAACUGAUCUUCGUUCCUAUCCUUCCUUUGCAAAGAAAAGAAAAGAAAAGAGAAGAAAAGCAUGGCUGAUUUGGUUGGGGGUGCAUUUCUCUCAGCUACCAUUCAAGUGUUGUUUGAUCGGUUGGCCUCUCGCGAGGUCAUUAACUUCUUCCAUGGAAAAAACCAUGGUGAUAGAAUCCUCCUCCUUCUCAGGAAGCUCAAGCUAUUGUUGCUGGGACUUAGUGCUGUGCUUAAUGAUGCAGAGGACAAGCAAAUCACUAAUCCAGCGGUGAAAGAGUGGGUGGAAGAGCUUAAAGAUGUUGUCUACCAUGCGGAUGACUUAGUAGAUGAGAUUGCUACUGAAGCUCUGCGGUCCAAGUUAGAAGCUGACUUCCAAAGCUGCAUCAGCAUCAGCAUCGACCUAAGCCAGGUACUAAGUAUAAACCCCCUCACCUUGACAACUACUACUACUGCUAGUUUGUUUGAUGCGGGGAUAGAGUCCAGGAUAGAGGAGAUCAUCGAUAGAUUAGAAUAUUUUGCAAAAGAAAAAGAUGUUCUUGGUUUGAGAGAAGUUGUUGGACAUAAUAACUUGUUUCACAGAUCGCAAACUUCUUCUUUGGUCGAUGAAUCACGUGUUUAUGGAAGGGAUGUUGGCAAGGAGGAUAUAAUGAAGUUGUUGCUCCCCGUUGAUGAUGAGGCAAGUGGUAGUAGUAAUGAGAUAGAUGUGAUUCCAAUAGUGGGGAUGGGUGGGGUUGGCAAGACCACCCUUGCUCAACUUUUAUAUAAUGAUCACAGAGUGUGCAAUCACUUUGAAAUGAAAGCAUGGGUUUGUCUCUCUAAUGAAUUUGAUGUUUUAAGGGUUAACCAAGUAAUUCUUGAGGCAAUUACUCAACAAACUUGUGAUGCCAAGAACCUAGAUAUGAUUCAAGUCAAGCUGAAGGAGUUGGUGAGUGGGAAGAAAUUUCUUAUCGUCUUGGACGAUGUUUGGAACGAGAACUAUGAUCACUGGGACAGCUUGAGUUGUCCUUUUAGAUAUGGCGCACGUGGGAGUAGGAUUAUUGUUACAACGCGCAAUGAGAGAGUUGCAUCUGUCAUGCAAACCGUUCCUAUUCAUCGUUUGCAGGAAUUGCCAUUUGAAGAUUGCUGGAAAUUGUUUGCCAAACAUGCUUUUGAGAAGGGAGAUAUCAAUUCACAUCCAAAACUUGAAAAUAUUGGCAAAGAGAUCGUGAAAAAAUGCAAAGGUCUGCCUUCAACUACAAAAACAUUGGCAGGCCUUUUGCGCUCCAAACGAGAUGCUGAGGAUUGGAGCAAUAUAUUGAAAAGUGCUAUUUGGGAUUUGCCAAAGGAUAACAUUCUUCUGUCCUUAAGAUUGAGCUAUCAUUAUCUCCCUUCACAUUUAAAGAGAUGUUUUGCUUAUUGUUCCAUAUUUCCCAAAGGUUAUGAAUUUAAAAUGGAGGAAUUAGUUCUGUUAUGGAUAGCAGAAGGUUUUUUGAAGCCAAGAAGUAACACAACAAUGGAAGAAGUAGGUUAUGAAUGCUUCAAUGAAUUGUUGUCAAUGUCAUUAUUUCAACAAAGUGCCAGAGAAUCUUGUUUUGUCAUGCAUGAUCUUAUUAAUGAUUUAGCUCAAUCUGUGUCUGGAGAUUUCUGA